AUGGACAAAUAAUAUCUGGAGGCAAAUAGACUUUGUAUAAGGCAGGCAGGUUGGUAUUGUGCUGAAGACAGGCACGGAUGAGUUACAUAGACGAACAGCUGGGUAGACAAGCAGAUCAACGUAAAAGAAUGUUAAACAGAUAGACAGUUAGUGAUUUGGUAUAAACUUUGUAUAGCGUAUUAGGUAACAGACAAUGAGAAUGGAUAGUAGAUCAAUAGCCAGUCGAUUGAUAGAUUGGCAAUGGACAAUCCCACCCAUCAGAUAGGAAAUUGAUAUUGCUCUAUAAAACCUGUCUGUGUAGCACAAUGAAACAGCAGUUGGAAGAACGCCUAUCAUCAAUGGACUCGUUAGAGCAGGAAAUGCAGAAGGUAAAAGAAACAUUUGCUGCCAAUUUGAAACAAUUGACAGAAGAGAAGCAUACUGUCAAAGAACAAGCCAGAUCUCUUGUAUCUAAACUUCGAUCAUGUGAUGAUGCAUUUCAUCAACAACUUGAGGCUAAAGAAAGGAGUCACAAUGAUGCUAUGGCACAGCUUCGGCACAAUCAACAGGCAGAAAUUGACAUUGCAAAUAGAAGAGUGGUAGAAGUCGAGGAGGGGAUGCAUCAGCUAUUGCAUGAAAUGGCUGCUGAAAACGAGCAAUGGAGUCGAGAAUGCAGAAACUGGCUGUAGCUUUCAAUGAGGUUUGGGAUGGCAUAUCUGUUUGAGCCAUGAGGACAACAACAACAACAACAACAACACGUUGGUACCUACUUUGGUAUACAGGUGUAUACGCAUUUAGUGAGGUUCUAUCUUUGAUUAUAUUUGGUUGAGUUGAAUGUCAAAAGAAUUGAACGCAGCAAGAACGAAAAUUGAGCGCAGCGAGAACGAAAAAUGAAACACUUGUGCGAAUUACGCAGCAGGGAGUCUGGUGGAACACGUGCCCUAGUCAUAACUCAACGCAGUAGGCAGUCGUUUUUCAUUCCAACACGUGCUGCUGAUUGGAAGGGGCGGAGUGAAUCUUCUUCGACUUCCGCCCUAGGACGAUCUCUUGCAAUUUCCGCUCUAACGAGAAGGGAAUCUCCAAUCUCAGGUGCGAUCAGCCAUUGCUGAUGAGAACAGUACAUAUGCAUGGUAUAUGAAUUUAUCUAUUACCACAUAGAAUUCUAACAAUUGCAACAGUCUAACUAAAUCUAAAACUCAACAAAUCUAGU